GCCUGUGUCUAAUCCCUUCAGUGGAGUGUGAAUGCACAAGGCUUGCAAGCGAUGGCUUUAUAAAGUGAGCCCCGGUGGGAAAGAAGCAGCAACAGCAGCAGCAGCAGAGGCAUCACAUUCGGCCGGACAACAGCAUGGACAUUGCAAUGCUAGGAUCGACCCCUCAUCGUAUCUCCCUCGGAGCUUCAGCGAGAGUGAAGGAGAGGAGAAGAGCUCCAGUCUCCCACAAAGUCAUAGAGAAAAGGAGGAGAGACAGAAUAAACCGGUGCCUCAGUGAAUUGGGCAAAACUGUGCCUAUGGCUCUAGCUAAACAGAACUCAGGGAAACUGGAAAAAGCUGAAAUACUGGAGAUGACAGUUCAGUACCUGAGAGCUUUACACGCUACGGAUUUGCCAAGAGGCAGAGACAAAGAUCUCCUGUCUGAAUUUGCCAAUUAUUUCCAUUAUGGCUACCACGAGUGCAUGAAAAACCUGGUGCACUAUCUGACAACUGUUGAGAGGAUGGAGACCAAGGAUAACAAAUAUGCACGAAUUGUCGCCUUCCUGCAGUCUAAAGCCCACUUGUCCACCGAACCCAUCUUCAGCCCUUUGCAGGAGGUUGAUGUGUCUUGUCAGCUUCAUUCCCCCCCUGACUAUACAAGUCCUGUAGACUCUACUUUUCCACCAUGUUCAGGAGGCUCAUUCUCAUGGCAUGGCACCACUAGAAGCCCCGCACUCAAUUAUCUCGGCAGCCCAGCGGCAAUGUCUCUUGCAUGCAGCCCUUCCCAGCAGUCGGCACAUGGAACCUUCUUCUCCCCAGUGCAGAGCUUGGACAGACAUUACAUCAACUUUCUGGGACAUUCACAUACCAGCAACUUCGGGGUGCACAGCACACAGCACCCUACUGUUAUAUGACAUGCACCCAUCAGCUGAGCUUGAGAACUGUACAAAAUACUCCUGACAUGGAGCAGCUAUUAAACCCAUAGUCUUCCCAUAAUCUUUUAAUUUUGUCUGAGAGAGAGAAGCUUCCGUAUGAUCCAACCAACAACAAGUAAUUUUGCAUAAAAUCCAAUGUAUGUCAUUUCUUUAUCUAUUUCUUCUUCCUGUCUGUUCCUUCGUCCAACAAGGCUCACUAAAAAAAGCUUCCCAUUUCCUAGGUUAGAUUUGUUUCCUUUUUACGGCAAAAAUAUAGUUUUAAGUAAAAAAAAUGUUAGGUACCAUAUCAAACCAAUUGUCACAUUAAACAAACGAGCCCCCACUCAAUAGAGAGAGAGAGAGGGGUAGAUGAGGGAAGAGUUUUGCUCUUUGAAAACUUAGUAAAUACACUGAUCAUUUGUAGACAAAAAACCAAAUGUGCAAUCCGUCUGUGACUAUAUACUCUGAUUCCAUGAAGUCAGUUACACCAGCAUCUGAGUUUGAAGCUCCUUUAUGUGUAUACAGGUUGCCUGUGACCUUAAAGCAGAAGUGCUGGAUUUAGAGUCAAAGUACAAUUACACUUAUUUCAUUGACAAAACGUUUAAGCCCCUCUUGCCAUAAGGAUAAAUUGCGGCUCCUUUUCUAUUGCUGGCUCGUGCCAAAUGUUACAUCAUUUUUCACUAUGUACAUAUUUACAGCUUCUCAUUCUGUCAUUAAUUUAUUGAGACAUGUAUGUUUUCUUUUGUACACUGCAUAUAUUUAUAUGUACAAUUUGUAAUAAACACUCCUUAUUGUAUUUGUA